AUGUACAGACAAUCUACAGUUGACAUGACUUCCGAGGAAUCCUUUAACAAUGCUACAGUUAUUCGCCACCCAACAUUUUACAUCAAUGGAUUUUACAACAUGCCACAUACAAAGUAUUACUAUAUAUUUCUGUGCUUUGUGUACAUUGUAACUAUUUUAGGUAAUUCCUUUAUAAUGGGUACUAUAUACUUGGCACGGACUUUGCACACAGCAAAGUAUAUAGCUGUCUUUAACUUGGCCUUGUCUGAUUUGUGUGGAAGCUCUGCUAUUAUUCCAAAAUAUGCAGACAUGUUUCUAUUUGAGAACCAGUACAUAUCUUAUGAAAACUGUCUGGCAAGCAUGUUUUUUGUUUUUCUCUUUAUGACCCAGCAGUCCUUUAAUCUGCUUGCUUUGGCUUUUGACAGAGUAAUUGCUAUAUGUUUUCCUCUGAGGUAUCAUGCUAUUGUCACUAAAACCACAAUGACUCUGAUUAUUGGUGUUAUGUGGCUUUUCUCUGUAUCUCUCAUUACCAUCCUUGUAGGUCUGAUUACCAGAUUAUCCUUCUGUAGAUCUACUACUGUUGACAGCUAUUUCUGUGAUCAUGGCCCUGUCCACAGACUAGCCUGUAAUGAUAAUUCCCCUAAUUAUACAAUGAGCUACGUCUGUAUUGCGGUUGUACUUUGCAUUCCAUUGAUACUAAUAGCUUUCUCAUAUGUUUGUAUUGGUUUUGCAUUGCUCAAGAACUCACAUAGUAUUGAGCGAAUGAAAGCUAUGAAAACCUGCACUUCCCACCUGAUAUUAGUCGCUUUGUUUUAUCUACCAAUCACCAGUACUUACAUUACUGCUCUUACAACAUAUAUACAUCCAAAUACUAGAAUAAUCAACUCUGUCCUAACGCAAACAAUUCCGCCUAUGUUAAACCCCAUCAUAUAUACUCUGAAGACAGAGGAGGUAUUGCAGUCUAUUAAAGUACUCUACAAACAAAUCAAGGUGAACCUUGCAAAGUAUUAA